GUUCCGUCGUGACCGUUCAGUCGUGCAGAAGUGUUUGGGAGAGCAUCGUCAUUGUUGCUCCUUGUUGUGACUGUUUCCAGCAGCCUCCAGUCCAUCUUGUAUUCCCUCCCUAAAAAAAGAGGGGCAGAAAGCAAAGCAAAACGGACCGCCUGACAGAAUCAGAGCAGGCAUCGCGUCCGUGUGUGUCGCCGUGUGGCAUAUGACAGCUUCACACAGUCACUGUGUGUGUGUGUGAUUGUGUUUGCAUGAGUGUGUGUGGUUGUGAUCAGUGUGUCAAGUAAAAUCGUGCCCAAGAGUUAACUAAGUGAAGGACGAAGCAGGAAGCGGCUGGGCAGCCGCUGGCAGCCGGAGAACAGCAUCUCGCCAAGAACGGGCGAGGGUUGGCAGGUUUUGACAUUCAGCUUGACGCAGUGCAAGACGGAAAGAAGCAGUCACGAAACGCUCACCGAACAUUACCAAUCGUCGGUUCCGGGUACCGCGGUCUACUCCGACACUCACACACAAACGCACAGACACCGCACUCAACCCGUUCCGUUGAGCGCUGUGCAAUCGUGGUGAAAAGGAAACCAAAGUAAGGUGUGCCAAGUAACGGCGAGCGACGGCGGCAACCAAGGGCAGCUGCACAGGGAUGCAGUAAUGAAGUGCAUACUCAACGGAAGCAGCAUUAGCAGCGCCGGCGAUGAUGCUGAAGCGAGCAGUUGACAUGCAGCAAGUGCAACGAAGUGAAAGAAGGCAUUCAAUCGUGGUGAUCGGUUCGAAGCUGUCAGAAAUUCAAUCGAACCCGAACAACGCUGCCCUGGAAGCUGGUGUGGUGUAAGGAAGCAUAAAAGCAACCAAAACGUAGUCCUUUGCUGUGCUGUGUGUGUGUGUGUGUGUGUGUGUUUGUGGUUGAAGCUGUGACAGUGUAACGGUGGAUUUUCGCUUUCGGGUGAGCUUUUUGUUUUUUCCAGUGGUGGUUGUGCAAAUUGAAACACAGAAAAAGGGGUAUUAAUUCUGCGCUGAUUGGUGGAAAAUAUAAAUCAGUAAAGUUAGGUUUCACCUCUCGGUUAAAGGAAAAGUUGAUCGAUAAAAUGGGGGGUAACAUUGGAAUAAUGUCGACGGUGGCGGCUUUCCCGGUAGUUAUCGUGCUGCUACUAGUGACAAGGAUGUCGUUGUGUGUGCCGACACAUUUCAUGGAGAUGGAGCAACACUUUCGCAACAGCAUCGAUCUGGACGCGGAGCAGACGGAAGCCCGGUACGAUCAGGAGAUGCUUUCCGACAUCAUUAACGAUAACGAUCGCGGUGAGCUGCAGAAGGCGGAAUCUUGUCUGGUCGAUGACUACAAGUAUGACCACGGCCAGAAGAUACAACGACUGGAUCCGUGUGAAAUUUGUCUCUGCAUUGACGGGGAAAUAUUCUGCUGGUGGAAACAGUGCGAUUCUUUGGCGAAAACAGUAGAUGACGCGGAUCCACAAAUCAGUUCACCCCAGCAGCCACCCAAGAGUGAUCAAACGUCAACGGAAUUGAUCUCCGAAGCGUCAACUGUCAUGAGCACAGCGUAUGAAGCAAAAUCAAAAUCAUCCUUUGACGCAGUGGCCACAGAAGACAAUAGGAACGGAGCUACACGGCUCGUGUUGGCAGAUUCGCUUAGUGACGGUGGAACAACAGUCAUAAGCAGCACCUUGCCGAUUUCAACACCCGCAUCGAAAGCGCCAGACAGCGAUCAUAGCUCCUCGGAGACGGUAACGCAUCACGGAUCGGUGCACACUACGGAUGUGCUGGAUGGAAUACCAAAGAACAUAUUAAGCUUUCCACAGACACCACCAAUCAUGAUGUAUCGCCCGGUAUCGAUGGGUCCCAUCACGUCCACCACGUCAAGGGAAGGAAAGUAUGCGGACGGUGGUCGCAAGGUCACCAAGGUCGGGUCAGCGGCAACGGGAGUUCGAAAGGGGAAAGCCGGUACGUUGGGACACAAAAAGUUGAAAGAACACAAAAAGAAUCUCCUGAAGGGGAAGUACGAAGGGGAAUUUUCGUACGAAUUUGAUCGCAAACCGACAGUUUCGAUUGCGAGUGACGCACUGCCAAAAAUAUCCGAGAUCGACUCUAGCAGGGAAGGUGACAAGUUCCGUGAUCAGUCAGUGGAAGUAACCGAAAGAAAGAACAAUGUACCAGAUGGCAAGAAUGGGCCAGAACAGCAGCAGCAACAGUUCGGCGGGUACGGUUAUGGGAUGAUCCACGAGUCGGAGUCCGAGCACCGACAGGCAACGGUUCCGAUGCGUUCGCAUGAUCGGGAUGUUCCACAGCACUACAUAAUCACCUCGUCCGGGCAUGUGGAGAUGUUUGACGAUAGUGGAGCGAUGGCAGGACCUGAGCUUGGAACCGAAAACCACGGCGACGGACUUGAAAAGCAACCGUAUCGGGAUGUGCUUAGCUUCGAUGGACGAGUAUCGUCCCGUGUGACUCAGGAUCAAGCGACAAACGGUGAUGAAGAUUCCGACGUUACGGACAGUGACGAAGGGGACGAUGAGGAGGAGCGGCUGGAUGACGUUGGUGCUGUGGCGCCAGCGAUCAUGCUUACUACAAACGUCACCCAGGGCAAGUACAGUCUCGGUGAGGGACUGCAUUCGACGCAGGUGCCUCCGUCACCGUCGUCGGUAAUUGAUAUCCUCAACUCAACAACGCUCGAGACGACGGACUAUGUCGAUGGGACGAAUCACUCCGAGCUGAUCUACCCGGAAGUCCCGUCCAUGAGCAGUAGUGGCGGUAGCAGUAGUAUCAGUAGUAGUACUAUCACUCCACCGACCACCAGACAGGAUCAAAGUGAACAGCACUGCGUUGUUAUGGGCGUUACCUAUCCGGUGGGGGCAGUGCUGAAGCAGGAAACGGGAAACUGUCUGCAGUGUGUGUGUGUCGCCGGUCCCGAGAAUGAUCCCGCUCCCAGGGUUACCUGCACGCCCUUGAACUGUCCACCCUUGAUACUGCCGGAUAUUCUGGAUGGGGCAGGAUUUUAAGUGGAGAUGGGAGCAAUCAUACACAGAAUAAGAACAAGAUGCAAAAUGUAAUGGCAAAAUAAAUCUUGAUGAUUCAUCGCAGCUAACAUCUUCGCGACAGAUCACUCAUGACACACUCCAACAAGGGGAAAGCGGAAAGGGUCUUGGCAAAAAGUAUAUCUAAAGGUCACCAUCUAGCCACAACACAGUGAGGUAAAACUGUUGGAAUGAGUUAGACAAAAAAAAACAGGGGAUAAUUACAUACAUAGCGGAUCAAACUUUUUAGCGUAGUGUUGGGAAGAAUGGAAAGCAGAAGAAUAGAGCAACAACAACAUCAACAACAACAACAUCAACCAAAACAAUAAGCUAGUCUGCAACAAACAGACACACAAUAUCGAAGGAAAAAUAUCACACCGAUAAGGACUCAAACUGGGCUGACCAGAAGGAAAUAUAUCAAAUGGUAGUGUAGAGAAAAAAAAACAACAAAACUUUCCAAACGCUAGCACUAGUGAUACUAUUAGAUGAAGGUGCAGUUUAGUGUAGCGAUAAGCCGGAGUGUUUUACGUUAAGCAAACAUUUCCGUUUCCGUUCGUCGGGCCGGCAGAUCGAGCCGUUCUCGAUUAGAUCCGUAGCAAAUCUGUCAGAUUGUUCGUUGUGAAUAUAUAAAACAUGUUCUUACUUGCCGAACGGUGACAGCACUGUGGCACACAGCCAUUCGACACAGCUCAACACGAUAGGAAGCGUACAGCGGUAUUAUGAAAAGCUGCAACAAAACAGACUUAAAAUGUACACUCACCAAUAACACAACGUGGCUCAAGCAAACUGGAGGUACACUUUUCAUUUCAACCAAUCUGCAAAGUAUUAAUUACAGAUGGGCAGGAAAUAUAAACCGAAAACCGUAGCUUUUUUGGGUGAGAUUUGUUUUAUCAAGAGUCUAAACAAAAAAAAAAAAAACAAAAAACAGAACGCUCCCUCAUGCAUAUUCUCCCAUAGUAAAAA